AAAAAGACUAGCUGUUUUCGCAGCAUCUCUCCACCCACCAGCCCAUGAUGCUGCCCAGACCCAUCCUCAAGCGCACUCCCACCUCCUACCAACAGCAACAACACCACCACCACCACCACCACCACCACCAUGCAGUUCACUUCCCCCCUUCGCCCUCUCUAACCCAUACCUUCUCAGCCCACUCCUCAGCAUCUUAUGAUCGCUCUCCUAUAGUCGUCUCUCCCAACAAUUGUGCUCUCCCGGAGCGCGGCUGCCCGGGCCGCACCUAUCUGCUUGACGACCCUGCUGCAGCUCAGAGCAGUGGACGACGCGGCUAUGCAUACGCCAGCGACUUUCACCCGCGCGCCCUUGCAUUUGCCUCAGCCCGUCCAACGUCCCCCCUCCGUCAGCCACCGCCCCAAGACGACCCAGAACGCACCCCAACCCUCACCUAUCCGAGUUUGCCUCAGCUCAUCCCUGAUCUGUCCUCAGAGUCUGACGAGAGCGAUUCUUUUCCCUCAAAUCUUCCCGCAAACUCUACACAAUCAUACGGACUGCAUGGCCUUGCUGUUCCCGCAUCGCGUUACGAAGAGCACAAUAGUUAUACCCCCGUAGACGUCUAUGGUAGCUCCACCUCCCCAUCCGCCCUUUCCUUCCUCCCGUACCCUCCCUCUCCUCCCAUAAACCCGUCAUAUCCUUACGACUACUCCCACGAAGAGGAUGUCCAACAAAAACCCCGUCGUCGUCGCGGGGAGCGGGAACGAAAGCACGAGAGCUCUCGCGAUCCCGAUCGGAUACGAACCAAAAACCGCUCAGCGGCCUCUCUGUGCAAGUCUAUGUCGAGUUUCAGCGUCAGCGACGAUGGGUGUCUUGGAGGUAUGGACAAUCAAGUACUCCGAACCGGAACCUGUCCUUUCUAUACAAUGCUCCUUAUCGGGUACAUCGGCCAAAGCGAUUCCGGGAAAGUGCCACUGAUUGGUGAUUGGAACUUGGAAGCGGAUGAAAGUUGGACAUAUCACCGUUUCGAAGGUGUUUGGGUUGUUGGUGUGUUGGUUGAUGGACUUAUCGAUUAUCUAAGAUCGAGUCCGGAUCCUCGCCCAUUUCUUGGUGAUGCCUUUUUCUUUUUUCCUUCUAGUCCGGACCAAGUGCCAAGUCGCGGUGCUACAGUAGCACUUGUUGGGGAUGCUUUCAUUGAAUUCUUGGUGCUCUUUUUUUUCACUCAAGGUCCGCCGCCGAUAUUCACCUCGUGCUAUCGCUUCCCUGUUUCCUCCCGUCAAUGA